AUGGUGUACCCCACUAAUCCAGAUGCCUGCUUCCCCAAGCCCCAAGAGUCUUUGUCCCUUGGUGGCCUUUUGUCUUCGUCUAUCACUAAAGUCCUCACCUUUCAUCAUCUUAUCCCUGUCGGUGACCCCAAAUCAACCCCAUCCUCACCUCAAACUCCUUCAACCCUAUUCUCAACAAAGAACGUUGACUCCGUUAAGAAGGCUUACAAACCUCCAAGUUACUUGCGGUUGCGGAUACUGUUCAUCGAGUAG